AUGGCUCCUCCACAUGGUUCAGCGGCAAAAGCUGACGUUAGUUUUAAAAGUUCUUACAUUUUUAAUGACUUUUUUCUUUUCAAGUUCGAAAUACUAACUGUCGACAACCUUCAAGAGAGGAUGAAUAAAAUUGCAACUUCACUGCAAGCGACCAUUGAGAAGCCGUUGCCAGUCUGUUGGGCUUUGUUACAGGAAUGUAAAUGGUCUUGUGACAGUGCUGUGUUAAGAUACGUUAAUGCUGGCUGCAAGAUCCCCGCUAAAUUCUGUGGUGCCUACAACCCUAAGGACCCCAAAGAGUCAGAUCCUCAACAACUUUACUCAUCCAAAGGCAAGAGUUGUAUUCUCUGCGAUGAUGAACAUGUGGCAGUCCAAGGCUUGAAUUGUGCUCAUCUUUUCUGUACUGAAUGUUGGGAUGCAUAUAUCAGACAAAAAGUUGUUGCCGAGAAUACUUGCAUCAUCCAAUGCCCAGAUACUAAUUGCGCUGUUCUUCUGGACCGGUUUACAUUGUUUAGACUAUGCAAAGAUACAAGCGUUCAUCAACGAUAUCGACAGCAAGAAGCUCAACGCUAUGUUAUGUGGAACACAAAAAUCAAGCCAUGUCCAGGCGUUGGCUGUACCCUCUAUUCUCUAACCCAAUUUUGGAGUGAUUCUGCACGCGUGGCUUGUACCUGUGGCAACAUUUAUUGCUCUGAUUGUGGUUAUAGUUGGCAUGAACCUUUAAAUUGUGCAUUGUUGGCAAUGUGGAUGAGAUCAAUUUCUUCAGACCACAAAAAUCUUUCUUGGAUUCAUUCAAACACUAAACCUUGUCCAAAAUGCAAGGUUCCCAUUGAGAAGAAUAGAGGAUGUAAUCAUAUGUCUUGCACAACAGCGUCGUGUAGAUAUCAAUUCUGUUGGGUUUGUAUGGGAGAUUGGAAACUUCACAUGGCAGCCUCUCCCUUUAGAUGCAAUCGUUUUGAAGGAGGUGGAGACAUUGCUAAAAAGUUGGGGGCAACUAUAGAUAAAAAACAAAAGGACAAACAAAUGAGUGAAUUGAAUGCCCAACGUUUUAUUUUCUACGCUGGACGAUAUGCAAACCAUGAACAGAGCUUGAAAUUUGAGCAUAAGUUUCGUCAACAACUAGAAGAAAAGAUGAAACAAUACCAAACACGCUCUAAAGGCUCUUAUCUUGAUGCUGCCUUCAUUAAAGACGCUGUUGAAGCUUUGGGAAUUGCUAGAAGGGUUCUUCAAUUUAGCUAUGCUUUGGCCUAUUUUCUCAAAGCAGAUAGUCUGUCUACUGUCAUUUUUGUUGACAAUCAGGAAUUUAUUGAAAGGCCAACAGAAGAAUUGUCAAGCCUUUUGGAGCAAAGUGAUAUUAACGCGAUGGAUGAAACUGAACUGAAAAGGAUGAAGACUAAUGCAGUUGCGGUUACCAACAACUUGAAGAAAAGUUGCAAAAAUUUAUUGAAACAUGCCUAUGAUGGGGCAAAAAAUAAAGAAUGGAAGUAUUGUGAGGACUUGAUGGGUGAUCUGAAAAGUGGAACUAUGGAACAAAAUUAA